UGUGACCUUUUAGGGCUGAUGAUGAGAGAAUGCUGCGAGGAGGUGGAGGUAAGGCGGCUGUGGGGGGCUUGUUGAGGCAGCUCCGAUCGCUCCACUUGCCUCGGCGAUGGUUCGCUGACAAGGGAUUCACGCGCAGGGACUUCAGCGAUCGGGGGUUCCAGGAGGAGGGCUACAUCAGCGAGAAUUGCUUCCGCAGCACGGCGCUCCAUCGAUUCAAGGAGGCCCGCGACUUCACCCACGCGCCAGUCUUCUCGGGCUUCGACGAGGACGAGCGCGCUUACAGGGCCAGGCUGAGGAGGGCGCGUAUUAGUACCACCGCCAGCAAUGCUGCAUCCAAAGAGGGAGGAGAGGAGCGAAAGCUCGCUCGAUCUCCAAAGCUUGCGGGAAAGCUCCCCGAGGCGUUUGAUCUCUCCGGGCGCAAGCGAAAGAUCGACAACAAGAGGAAGAUGCUCAUGAGCCGAGCUUUCAAGGACUAUACCGGGUUUGAGUACGAGGGAAGCGGCCUGGACGAGCACACUAUAAAGGAGAUGGACAGGAAGAAGAAGCUGGGACGAGACAAGCUCCACAAGUGAUAUAGAUGUCUUGAACGAAUCUAUCAAUGCUCGGAGCGUUUGUAGCGAUGGAAAGAACACAAGAAGGCUCCAACGAAUCUAUCAGUGCUCGAAGCUUUUGUAGCAACACAGGAAAGUUAGAAGAGCUUAUAGCGCAAACAAGACAAGCAUUGGAGGAGAAAACUAUGUACAAGGUACUUGUAGUGUGUACGUAUGUAUGUAGGUAGUGUCGACAGAUCCAGGUAGUUAAACUGCGAGAGACCACAAACUUUGGAGAAA